CUUUUAUAUUGCAUCAACUCCGAGCUUUUAUGCGUGUCUAGUAGCAUUUCCGGUUCCGUUUCUCGACGAGCUCAAAGUUGAUAAUGUUCUCUUUCACAGCAGAAUCAGACAUAAAUGUUCAAAAAAAGACAUAAUGCGAUCAUACAGCCGGGAUCUGAGUGGCGGAAUCGAGAAUGUUCCUGUUUUGAUUGAGAAAAGUGUCCCUAAAGAGGCUUUUUCCGACUUUCAGUAUGUGCCAGAGAAUGUGCAAGGACCAGGUUGUGACCUUGACCCAAGUGCGGUGACCCUCCCCGGCUGUUCAUGUCGUGCCAGUUCCUGCCUGCCCGACAGCUGCCCCUGCUUGAGGUUCGGCCAGACGUAUGACAGCGAGGGACGUCUGAAACAACAGCAAGAGGACAGCGGCUACAGCAGGCCUGUUUUUGAAUGCAAUGCCCUAUGUGCCUGCAGCGACUCCUGCCAGAACCGCGUCGUUCAAAAGGGUGUCGAUGUUCGCCUAGGUGUUUUCAGCACCAAGGACAGGGGUUUGGGGUUGGAGGCUCUCGAGCGCCUCCCUUGUGGCCGAUUCAUAUGCGAGUACGCUGGGGAAAUAAUCGGGCCUCACGAGGCCCGUCGCCGCCAGCUUUCCCAGACUCCCCUAGAUAUGAACUACAUCAUCGCUGUUCAAGAGCACAGCGGAGGGGACAGGAUUACCCAGACAUUCGUGGACCCCGUCGCUGUAGGCAAUGUGGGGAGGUUCAUCAACCACUCCUGCCAGCCCAACCUGCUCAUGGUGCCCGUGCGAGUGCACUCACUGCUGCCUAGACUCGCUCUGUUUGCGAAUCGAGAUAUAGAAAGGUAUGAAGAGCUGACUUUUGACUAUGCAGGUGGACAGAACAGCAGCACAGACACACUGAAAUGGGAUAACGCACCAAGCGGGACUGACACAGGGGCUGAUGGUGAUAAAACACCACAGAAAAAAGUCUGUCGUUGUGGGGCUUCAAACUGCUCAGGAUUUUUACCAUUAGAUAUGUCAGUUCUCCAUUAAAAACAGUGUUUAAACUAAACUUAGAGUGUGUACUAAUGAUUAGAAAUGUAUGUUGUUUAGAGCAACUCUGGCCCUCAAGGUCACACACAAAUAUUAUUUUUUUAUUUUGUGAAAGGUUUGAAUUUGGGGCAAAUGUUUUCUGUGCUGAUUAACAUAUGCAUGAAAAAAAAAAAAAGAUUUAUGUGUACUUGAUUGUUAGAAAGACCUGUUUGGGUGUACAUUUUAGCAAAAAAUUGUUUAUGAAAUUUUGUGACACGUUAUAAUAAGGUUCAGUUAAUUUACUUUAGUUUAAGACACCGGUUUCACAGACGAGGUUUAAGCCUAGUCUUAAAAUGGAUGUUUGAGCUAAAAGCAACAUGUUCUGACUUAUCUUAAAAUAGGUCAGUGUCAUUGUUUUGUCUCAAGAUGCACACCAGUAAUGUUUUUUCUUAGCUUAAUCUAAGCCCUGUCUGUGAAACCGGGCCUUAAUGUAAUAACUAAAAAUUAUAUAUAAAAAAAAAAAUAUAUAUAUAUAUAUAUAUAUAUAUAUUUUUUUUUUUACAACACUUAGGUUCAUGUUAAUUAUUAAUUUGAACAUUUCAAGUUUUUAUUAAAAAAAUAUAUUUUCUUAAUUAUUACAUUUAUUUAAGUUCAUGUGUUUUUAACAAACAUAAAUAUGUAUGUUAAUAUAGAUUAAUAAAUACUGUAAAAAAAUGUUUUUGAUUGUUAGUUCAUGAACAGUCAUUAUUGGUAACUAAAAAUAUUAAAAACAUUCUUGGUAAUUGAAGUAAAGCUGGAAUUAAACAAAAUAUACAUUUUAGAUUAAAAAAAAGAAAAAAGAAAAUUAGAAAUAUUUUAAGUUCUAAAAUUACUAAAGUGGAAAUAAAUAAUUUAGAGCUAAACAGAAAUAUUUAAAAACAACCAAAAGCUAACACCAAAACAAGCACAAAUCACUAAAACUUGAACUAAAUUUAAAAGAAAAUAUUAAAAUUAAACCUAUUCCAAAAUUUGAAUAAAUACUAUUAAUAUAAAAAUAUGAUAACACUUUACAAUAAGUCUAAUUUGUUAACAUUAAUGUAUUAACUACCGUGAACUAACAAUGAACAAUACAUUUGUUACAGUAUUUAUUAAACUUUGUUAAAAAUAUAGUCAUUCAUGGUUUGUUCAUGUUAGUUCACAGUACAUUAACUAAUGUUAACAAAUACAACUUUUAAUUUUAAUAAAUGUUGAAGUUAAUAUUAACUAAGAUUAAUAAAUGCUGUAGAAGUAUUGUUCAAUGUUAGUUCAUGUUAACUAAAGUAGUUAACUAAUGAAACCUUAUUGUAAGUUGUUACCAAUAAUACUAAAAUAACACUUCUAAUGCAUUGGCUAAUUUUAACAAAUUGAAUGUUAUAAAGCAUUAUUACCCCAAACUUUAUCACUUCUCUCAAAAUGUACAACAGCAGCACCAUAAAAGUCUCCUUUAAGAGCAGUCUGGGUAUCUCAUCGUAUCCUAUUGGGUAAUGAGCAAUUAAAAAGGACCCAUGGGUGUCUUAAUAUAGUAACGGCUGUUAGUCUCCUGUCACACACGGGUGGGAGCGACCCACUUCACUCUGACGCCACCCUUAAAUCUGCCCCCUCUCCUCUCCAUCUGCCCCAUUUCCACUCCAGCCGAAAUAUUAAUAUCCACAUCUGGGUUAAUUAGCACAGAGACCAAAAACCAGAGCAAAGCGCAAGGCAUUCUGGGUAGACGCAGAUAGAUUCCAUCUUUAUCAGUGACACUUUACUCAUCAAGUACGUUUGGUUACUUCGCCAUCGGGGUUUCAGGAGUGAAACUUCAUGUUUCUUAUUAUAGAAAUCUCAGUCAAUAGAUGUUCUGAAAACAUGCAAGUGCUCUUAUAUUUUUUCAAAAUAUGUUAUUAUAAAAAUAAUUUAUUAUAAUUUAUUUCAUUUAGGAUGUUACACUGAGAAAGAGACUUAAAUAUUAAUAUUAAUAAAAAUAAAUAUUAUUAGUAAUUAUUAAUAAUUAAUAACUUGCAAAAAUACAUUAAAUAUAUGUACUUUUUUUUUUUUUUUUUUGCAAAUUAUUAUUAACAUUUAAGUCCCUUUCUCAGUGUAUGGUGCCCUAGACAUGUAAAACAUUUUCUUAGGGAUUUAAGCCAAUAUAAAACUCAUAUUGAUGGACUACUUUUCUAAAUAAUGAGGGAGAGACACUGUGUCUAGUGGUAAUAGCCUUGUAUUUAUUAGUAGUCAUUGUGUAGUGAUUGUGUUUUCUUUGCACUUCGAUCCACUGAUAAUGUGAGGAUUGUGGCAAACUCUCCGAAUCCUGUUUUUGUCUCAUGAGUCAUUGGGGUUUGGUGAGUGAGCCGACAUUCCUGGGUCUCUAUGGCAACGGGAUGUGUGAUAUCGACUGGAUGGUGCGUGUAGGCUGUAGUGUUUAGCAGCGACUGUUGAGGAGUGAAUCCGUAAUUCUCUGCUUAGUUAGCAAGUGUCAGCUAAGCCACUUAAGGUUGUAUACCAAGUGUUUGACUUACAAAGGAGGGCAUGUCAAGGUCUCAUUGGUGUUUUUUCAGGGUGAGGUCACAUUUUCACCUCAGAGAGAGAAAGAGAGAGCAGCACUGAUUGCAACCUCUGCACCGUUGAAAGGGACAUUGUGCAGGGCACUUCCUUCAACCUCUGACCUCUGUACUUGUCUUUUCUGUUUGUCAGAUAAAAGAACAGUCGGAAAAAAGAAAAAACUAAACAAUCAA